AUGCUGUCAUCAACUAAGAAAGAAAUAACGGUCAAAAUUCGGCCAUCAAGCAGUUCAAAAUCUCUAACGGGAGACACUGAUUAUGUUAUCACUCUGUCCCAGUCCAGCGGAGCUUUGCAUUCUGUGCAGGACUUUUUCUUAGAAAACAAAGUAGUCGACACUCCAGGCGUUCAAUUACUCGGAUAUGCAUUUCGUGCAAAGAAUAUGCCAUCCAUACACAACGAUCGCAUGCUUUCCGAUUUGCCUGAAGAGCUCAACGAAAGUCAAAAGCGAGCUGUAAGUGCUGCCCUCAAUAAAAAGCGGCCCUUCGUGACCAUACAAGGUCCCCCAGGAACUGGCAAGACCAGGGUCGUAGCGGAAAUAGUGCGGCAGUUGUAUAUGAAGAAG